UUGGGGACGACGCGGACUGGAGCGCUGAGGGAUGCCCGAGGCAGAACGGGGGAUGCCCAGAAGAACGGGAGGACCGGGGACACCCUGGCGGGGGGGAUGCCGGCGGCCGGGGGCUGCGGGGCUGGUGCUGCGGGCGCGGCCCCGCAGUGCGGAGCCGCUGCUCCGGGGUCUGCGGCCCCACUUACGUGCGAGGCAGACGAAGCCGGUGCAGGCGGCGAGCAGGAGUCCGAGGAGGUGGCGGGCGCCCAUCCUGAGCGGCCCCCAACGCCCUCGGAGCCGCCGCUCCCGGUGACCCCCAGCCCUGCUGCACCAGAGCCGACUGCCACCACUGACUUCUACUCCUGGGAUGACGGGUACUCAGGGGACCACGGCAUGCUGCCCGAGCUCUGUGAGAAGCAAGCAGUGCAGGGCUUCGCCCGCACCUACCAGCCAGCUGUCUACCUGCUGCUCUCACUGCUGGGCAUGGUGGGGAAUGGGUUGGUGCUGCUCACGCACACCCGUUACCGCCAGGCCCACAGCGUCACCGAUGUCUGCCUCCUGCACCUCGCCCUGUCCGACCUCCUGCUGCUCCUGAUGCUGCCCCUCGCCGCCACCAACACGCUGCAGGGCUGGUCCCCGAGCACGGCUGCCUGCAAGGUACUGCAGGGCCUCUACGCCCUCAACUUCUACAGUGGCUUCCUCUUCCUCACCUGCAUCAGCGUGGACCGCUACGUGGCCAUUGUGCGGGUGCCGGCCGCCUGCCGCCUGCGCCCGCGUGCUCGCCGCCGUGGCUGGCUGACGGCGGGGCUGGCCUGGCUGCUGGCCACACUGCUGGCCCUGCCUCAGUUCAUCUACGGCCGAGCGGAGCAGCACCAGGACCUCCAGCUCUGCCGCGUCGUCUUCCCCCAGGCGGUCUCUCGAGCAGCACGGGGGGCCACCAACCUGGCACAAGUUGUGCUGGGCUUUGUGGUGCCCUUCCUGGUGAUGGUGACCUGCUACACGGCCGUGGCCCGGACACUGUUGGUGACCCGCGGUGCCCAGCCGCACCGGGCACUGCGGGUGCUACUGGCCCUCGUGCUGGUGUUUGUGGCCCUGCAGCUGCCCCACAGCCUGAUGGUGCUGCUGGACACUGCCGAGCUGCUGGCCAGCUGGGAGGUGACCUGUGCCCAGAGCCGCCGCAAGGACCUGGCGCUGCUGGUCACUGGUGGGCUGGCCUACCUGCGCUGCUGCCUCAACCCCCUGCUCUACGCCUUCCUGGGCCAGCGCUUCCGCCAAGAGCUGUGGCUCCUGGCCAGCGAUGCCGGCUGUGUGGGGCCCCUGGAGCCGCGCUGCCAUGGCUGCCCCAGUCCCCGCUGGCGGACAUCGCUCUCCACCUGCCAGGAGGUGGUGUAGGGACACAGAGCCUGCAGCCUGCGGCUCCCUGAGAGACCCUCGGUCAUGUCCGGAGCCAUCCCAGGCCUGGAACAAGGGCCUGGCAGGGGCAGCACAGUGAACUCACACGGUGCCUGCACAUGCGUGGGCAGAGGCAGAGCAGCCCCCUGGCGUCUGUGUGCCCUGCAAG